CGUUUAAUCUAACUGAAUAAAUGAUCUUUUUUGCCAACUGUGAUUACCAUACCGAUGAUGAAGUAUCAACAGAUGCUCAGCCCCUCCGUUUUCUCACGUAUCUGGUCUCAUGCUCGACUGACGAGUCACAAGUUGUGCUUUUCUCUCUGCGGGGCGUUUCUGUUUCUCCCCUCAGAGUCUGACCGCGGAUCACACGCGUCCAUGAUCGGCUCCGUCUCACACAGACAUGCAGAACCAUCACCUGAAGGAGCACUUGUAUAAAAUCCUGGUGAUCGGGGAUCUGGGUGUGGGGAAAACCAGCAUCAUCAAGCGCUACGUGCACCAGAACUUCUCAGCGAACUACCGCGCGACCAUCGGCGUGGAUUUCGCGCUCAAAGUUCUCAACCUUGAACAGGAGACCGUUAGACUGCAACUCUGGGACAUCGCCGGCCAGGAGCGUUUCGGGAACAUGACGCGGGUGUAUUACCGAGAGGCCAUGGGAGCCUUUAUUGUUUUUGACGUCACACGGCCAUCAACAUUCGAGGCCGUGGCCAAGUGGAAGGAGGAUCUGGAUGCCAAGCUGAGUUUAUCCAACGGCAAACACGUGGCGGCCGUAUUGCUCGCCAACAAGUGCGAUCAGGGCAGAGACGUUCUCACCAACAAUGGCAUCAAGAUGGAGCAGUUCUGCCAGGAGAACGGCUUCGUGGGAUGGUUUGAAACUUCAGCCAAGGAGAACAUUAAUAUAGAUGAGGCCGCACACUGUCUGGUGAAGCACAUUAUAGCUAAUGAGAAUGAUCUGCUGCAGUCCGAGGUUGCAGACACCAUCUCGCCGCAGCAGGAGACCAGCCGAGGAGGAACCUGCUCGUCGUGUUUCAGGUCCUGAAGAAGAUCUCCAGAGGCUCUCUGAGGAGCGCCUCUCCAUUCAACCUCAUCCUGGUUCUUUCAGGUCUUUCCAUUGGGUUUUUUUUCUCUUCCCAUCUCAUUCACGUCUCCUCUCGACUCUGUUUAUCUGUGUCAGUGCCGGAGAGGCAACCCUGUCGCCUUGUCUCGGUUUCUAUGAUUACAAGCCUUAUCGAACACUUUGCAGAUCAGAACAUUUUUAAGGGAAAGAGACAAUGUUGAGAAAUUCAUCUGCAAAAACUUCACGAGAACUUCAGGUUCCUGCAGAAUCAAAACCCUGAAAGGCCAAUGCUGCGUUUUACCGUCCAUUCUUUCAUUUUAUUAUCAUUUCGCUGACCUACUUUGCUGUUAAUUCAUAGUUUUACUUACAAACAAAAAUCAGCUGAAUAAGCAAAGCCAACAAAUUAAAAACGUUAUGAGUAAAGUGAAACUGAAAGUGAAUUUUCCAUAAUUUUUGUCAAGUCAGCCGAAGUCAUUCAGCUUAUGAAUUAUUCAGGUAUGAUGAAUUUGAACAUUUCUGGUUCAAAAUGUGCAGUUGCAGAUUUUUCUAAAACAGUGUUUCUGAAAGUAAACAGAAGAACCACGUAAAGGACAUUUAAAGACUAAAAUGCAAGGAAAACAAUA